UAUAAUAGCUUCGCGAGCGAGUUCGCCGUGGUUGGCCGACGGACACUGACGUAGCGUUAAUGAGGUUACUCCUCGGUUCCGACUGAUUUUGACAGUCUUGGAUCAUGUCAAGCUGCAGUUGAUAGAAAACCGACGAUUCGCAACGUGGUCGGAUUUCUGUCAAUAAUUCCCGCGCGCGCGGAAUAGAUAUUUAUCUGUAUAUACAUGUACAUAUAUGGGCCGUGUUCCGCCCGAAAAUCGUAGUUUCUUUUUCUCGCCGUUAUUUUAUUAUUUCUCCGCUCGCCGUUCAACGUCUGCCCGUUUAACGUUCCCCGACCUGACGCUCGUUACUUGACGAUACGAUGGCAAGUACAGACGUCUAUGACAGCUUGUACCUGUACGCCACGCCGGAGAAGUUUUUCGUGGAGCCAGUCGGAAGCAAGAUCCUUCUGGUGGUCGAUAGGCUGAGUCAGCAAAUCUACACGCAAGUUGGCACGGCCAGUCAAAUCCCGACAACUGCCAGCCGCAGGAAGAUAUGGGGACUGGUGGGCACUAUACGUCUUCUGGCAUGUCGUUACCUCAUUGUCAUUACGGACGCUCAGAUGUGUGGGACUAUAGCUGGGCAUAACAUCUACAAGAUAGCCUCGACGGACGUGAUACCCUACACGAGGUCCUCCCUGCAUCUGUCCGAGAAACAAGUGCAGAGCAACGCUACGUACCUGGAGAUGGUCAGGUCCGUCUUGAACACGCCGUAUUUUUACUUUAGCUACACCUACGACCUCAGCCACACCAUGCAGAGGUUGCAUAACACCACUCCCGAAUUCUUGCAAAUGCCGCUUCACGACAGGGCAGACCUCAGGUUCGUGUGGAACGCUUACCUCCUGCAGGACCUGAGCGCAAGGCCGGAGCAAUACAAAUUCUGUUUGCCCAUUAUUCAUGGUUUCAUGUCGUUGAACACGGUGGUGGUGAACGGCGUCGCGUUCAACUGGGGCAUCGUCUCCAGGCGCGGCGUGCACCGCGCCGGCACGAGGCUGUUCUCGCGCGGCAUCGACACCACCGGGAACGUCUCGAAUUACGUGGAGACGGAGCAGCUGAUCGAGGUGAACGGCGAUCGCAGCUCGUUCGUGCAGACGCGCGGAUCCAUUCCUCUGUUUUGGUACCAAGCGCCAAACUUAAAGUACAAGCCGAAGCCGCAGCUAAGUCCGCACGAGGACCACCAAAGUGCCUGUGCUCGGCACUUUGACGUUCAGAUCUUUCACUAUGGCAGGCAAAUCCUGGUGAAUCUGAUCGACCAACAUGGACCAGAAGCACUGCUUGAAGAGGCAUAUCGCAAUUUAGCCCAGAGAAUCAACAAUCAAAACGUUCGAUACGAGGCUUUUGACUUUCAUUCGGAGUGCAGAAGGUUGAGAUGGGACAAACUGAACACUCUGAUGGACCGACUGGCCCACGAUCAGGAGCAGAUGGGGUAUUUUCUCUUGAUGAGGGACGGAGCACUGCUCUCGGUUCAGGACGGCGUUUUUCGCACCAACUGCAUCGAUUGCCUCGACCGGACGAACGUCGUGCAAGGCAUGCUGGCGAAGCGAGUUCUCAACGAGGUGCUCAGCAGACUAGAAAUACUCAGGAAAGUCGAGGACCAUCCCGCUUUCGAAAAUCUCUUCAAACAGGUCUGGGCCGAUAACGCGGAUGUGAUAAGCAUUCAGUAUUCCGGCACGGGGGCAUUGAAAACAGACUUCACGCGAACCGGCAAGCGCACGAAAUUGGGCGUGAUGAGGGACGGUCUGAAUUCGCUGACGAGGUAUUACAAGAACAACUUCGCUGAUGGCUACAGACAGGAUUCCCUGGAGCUUUUCCUGGGUCGCUACAUCGUGCAGGACGGCGAGUGCACUUCCAUUCAGUGCCCCUUGGAAACGGAGCGCAACUGGCGUUACGCAACAUUCCCACUCGUUCUCUUAGUCGCAUCUUCGAUGUUGGUAGCUCACGUGAUCUUGCCGUCGCGGUACACCACGGAGAUCUUGCUGUACAUGCUGUUCUGGGGCGCUAUGGUCGCCGGCACCUUCGCCACCAUCAUCCACCACGGCAAGCAAUACGUCGACAAGCCAAAAUUACUUUAGGACUAAUUAGGUGAUUGACAAUUUCACGGUAUUUCAAAUUAUAAUAUAUAUUAUAAGACAUGGAUUAUACCGAUGGAUACGGAUAAAAGCGGUUGUAGAUCAGUUACCUCAGUUUUGCACAAUUAUCAGUUGAUCGGGUGGUCGGUCGGUCGGUUUUUCUAUUACGGCACAGAAAAAGGGAUAGAUCUCGAUGCACCAAUUACACUUACCUCGAUGGCAAAUUAAUGCUCUCGUUAAUUAAUACUCUCAUUUCCGGCAGUAUCACUCGCGAUGAAACGCGGCGGUAUCGUAUCCGUCGAGUGCAUUUUUAUUUCUCGUACACGCGAAGUCUGUAAGUGCGGAAUGGUAGUAUCCCGAAUUAUCAUCACGUGUACUCUUGUACUUUCCGCAUAAUACAUAGCAAGGUACGCAGUUUCUCGAACGAUGUUCGUUCCUUAGGGUACACUUGGUACCUCGUCACGAGCUCUUGUAACAUGUUAUAAAGGAUCAGGCCUCCGGGGAUCUCCGACAGACACUUUGCCAAGUGUACGGGGUGGCCGCGAACAGAGCUGAACCGCAGAUCGUGCUCGCUAAACCGCACCGUCCAUAGAUAUUCCGGCAGCAUGAGACUUUUCUGGGUGAGGCUUGGAAGGUACUUUGGACCACGGAACUUUUCUUCUCGACUUGAUCACGAUCGGACGCCUUCAAUCGGGCAGCGCGUGAAACAGAUUCGCUUAUCUCGCAGAGCUUUUAAUGAAAGGAUCGUACGAUUAAACUAAACUCCGGUAAACGAACCGAAUGUCGUCGCCGGCGCCUCGUUUCCACGAGCGUUCGCAAAGUGCUUCAUAAAGUAGGAUUAAUGUUACGAAUCAAGAGAGCCAAAGUACUCGAGGACGUAUGAAUUUCCGUAGGCAUGGAAUUUUGAGCCAAAGUACAUACAUACAUACCGUUUUUAGGGUAUACAUAUAAUAUGUAUAUUGUAUUUUAUUGUACAUCUCCGCAACAAGAUUAUGAAUUAUAUAUCAUUGUAUUUAAAUGUAGACGUGGACAGUGUCACGAUCGAGAGAGUAUUUUUUAAUAUUUCAAAGGCCGUGCGUUGUGCCAUUUGGAAAACAAGAGUAAAGUAUAAACGGCGGGGAGCUUGGCCGCCGAGAAACGUUAACGAUUUAUUCUCCUUGCGAAUUUUUCGAUUGUAACGUGAUGUUAACUGCAAAUAAAUUAAUUAUACAAUG